AUGGACUACACCAAAUCCACGAUAUUGCUCGUCCCCGGUGCUCUGCAGACCUCGGCGUGCUUCGAUCGCCUGAGACCGAUACUCGAGCAAGCUGGAUUUCCUACUGUCGCUGGCGCAUUGACGAGCCUGAAUCCAAGCAGUCCAGAUGACUGCACUGCGGCCAAGGAUGGACGUCAUCUACUCGACGAAUUCCUGCUACCUCUCCUGGACGAAGGCCGAGAUGUCCUCAUAUUCGCCCAUUCUUUUGGCGGCACAUGUCUGAGCGGCGCGGACCUGGGACUUUCUAGAAGUGUUCGUGCUGGCAUGGGACUCACGGGAGGUGUGAUUGGAUUGGUCUAUAUGAGCUUCAUUCCUACCAUGGAUGGUCAUUCGCAGUUCAGGAGCUUUGGUUCGAUCUGGCCGGAUAAUAUUAUGACUGAUCAUCCACGCCAAGGUCUUGUGUCGUUUGACAGAAUAUCUGAUACUUUGUUCAACGAUGUCGAGAAAGCGCAAGCAGACCGCUAUGCCGAAGUGAUGCGGCCACAUAGUAUGAAGGUCAUCAAUACACCAGUAUCGAAGCCGUUGUGGCAGGAUUCAGCUUUCGAGGGUCGGCGGAUGGUGAUCAGGACUAUGAUGGAUGCCACGUUUCUGCCGCCACUCCAGGAUAUGUUAAUCAAGGCAUCAGGUGUGGCAUGGAAGGUUGUUGAGUUGAAAGCUGGGUGA